AUGGCGACUAGCAAAGGAGAUCCAACGGGAAGUUUGUUUGGGAACCCCAAAAUGUCCAGUUUAGAGGAGGAUUUCACUUAUGGAGUCACUGUUGCCCAGACGAAUCUAAAAAUUCGACUUGGUGUGUGUUUUUGUUGUUUAUAUGACUUAUUAGACGGCAAAAAGUCGUACUAAAAUACAUGUAUGUUUCUGAGGUUUGCCUGCCUCAGGUUAAUUUAUUUUGUUUCGAAAAUGUAUUAUUUCUUUCCGUUCCAACUUCCGAUCUAGGUAAAUCGCCUUUAAAUCAUCUUUUUUCAUCUCAAGGCAGACGUCAUUAAUGAUAACAUAAAUAUUUUGCUGUUUUAAAUAUGUGAAAUAACCAAGUAUUUAUGGGCUAGCUGUUUCUUCCGUGUUUGCUAAUGUCAACUUAAUGAUUUACAAAAAUAGUAAUCUCUGGCUUGACUAUUUGGGUUUUGAAGGAAUGGAAUCCUUGUGUAGUUAUGAUAUAAGACUCCUGAGAAAUCGACGUUUAUUGCAUAAAAGUGAGAAUGAGAAGUAUGAUAGCCGAGUUUGCUGCGAGUUACAACGACACGUAAGAAAGGCAAACCAUAUGUUAAUCACUCCUAAUGGUUCACAGAACAAUCAAAACUGGCUGAUUCUGCGCACUGUACCUACUUACAUAUAAUCUGUUAAUUGCUGGUUUACAUGUUGCAAAAUUGUUUUCAAAAAUCAAAAUAAAUAAAUACUAAUAACAAUAAGCUAAGCUUAUCAGUACUUUUUUGUUGCUUCAAUAUCCUUGUUUACAAGCUUUCAAGUUUGGCUAUUAUGUUUUCAUAACAAACUUAAUGGAACAUGCUUAGCAAUACAGUGGCACCACUGGCUUGCUAAACAUUCUUCUGUAGCAUGAGAAACCAAGCUGCUUGCGUGAUCUUAUAUGGCGGCUUUUGAAACUGUUGGUUUUGUAACUUAGAACAAACACCACUGCAUUGUGAAAUGCACCAAUAACAUUUCAAGUUUUUGUAGCCAAUAACAUCACGGCUUAAAUGACAGACAACCAAUAAGAUCACGACUUAGUUGACCAAUCAGGUCCAUAACGAGAGUUUAAUACCAUCAACUGAUGUGAUGCAACUCACUUUGACUUGGAAGAUGACCACUACAUAGGUUGUCGAAUCGUCAGUCACUGUCAACAACAGUCCUAUUCAGGACUACAUUCGCCUGGACAAUCAUACUCUACCUACUUAUGUGAUGAUACCGUGUUUUUAUACUCUUUGCAGGGCUGUUGCUAACAUUUCAAGUUGCUGGGUACCUGCUAUUAGUAGGAGGGGACUUGUACAGCUAGGAAGAACUUUGGCUCUAUAUUCCUUUUGAUUCCUAUAAAAGUAGCCAGGGCUCAUUCUCAUAGUAGCCGGACAAAAAUUCCAGAUCCCCGGCUCUUACUGACAGCCCUGUCUUUGAAAGACAACAGAAGAAUUGGAUGGACUUUUGAGGCUCAGAGGAGUAAUGUGACAGUUUGUUUUUAACCAUGACAUUUUUUUUCUGUUAUAGGUUUUCUCAGGAAGGUUUAUGGCAUCCUCACGGCUCAGCUUACCUUGACUGUCAUUGUUGCAGCAAUAUUUAUGUACUCAGAAGGCAUCAAAGGUUUUGUCCAGUCCAGGUGAAUUUACAACAUAGUCCGUGUUCACUCAAAAUAACUUUACAUCAAGCAACAUUAAACUGAGGCAUUUAGUUUUGGCAAAAAACACAAAGGCCAGUCUGUUAUCCCUCUAUAAAAUACAUCAAAGUUCGUCCAGUCACAUUUAGCUUUCAGAAAUAUUGAAGGGAGACAAUAGCACUGAACCUGAGCAAUCCAGGGUGCCCAGCAAAGGAUUUUUAUUUUAAAAAAACCCCCUAGAUUUCCUAGUCACCCAAGAACAAAAGUGAGGCACCAUGGGGCCACUGGGGAGCUACUAGAGCACUGGUUUCUCUCGUAAUUGACUAUCCUGUAUAAUGACGCCCUCUUGGGUGGGUGGUGGGGGAGGGGGUGCGCAUGUCCCUAGUCUGAAUUUCAAAUAUGGACGUUUUGUGUUAUGAGUAGUAGACAAUGUCCCUUUCUUUAUUUAACCCAUCUUUUUGUUGUUUGUCACCCUUCUAUUAAUCUAAUUAUUAGUCUUAGUUGUUGUUUCAAGGCCGUGUCGCUUGUCGGAAUUUUACCCUAACAGGGCCUUGUUAAUUGAACUCCUAUCAGGGUACAUCUGUUUGCAAGCUCUCUUUUGUCAUUGCAGUUUGUUUUGUUUGUUCGGCUUUGUAGCCAUUUUGUUAUAUCAUGAAUCUUUUUCAGGCCUGAAGUGUUAAUGGUGGCUUUUGUACUGUCCAUUGGCCUUCUCCUCGGACUGAUGUUUAAACGCAAGGAACACCCCACAAAUAUGUACCUGCUGUUGGCUUUUGUAAGUGAUUUAUCUGUCUUACAAGUGCAGUGUUCUCUUGCCAUCCUCAACUACUGUAGUUCUGGAGGGAGGCUUCCCUCCCAUUGAAGCAUUCUUUAAAAGCUCAAGUCCAUCUUUUGCAGGAAUCGCCAAAACUGAACUGCAUCAGGCUGCUCAAAAACCUUUUGUGCAAUAAUUAGUGCUUUUUUUCUUACUUUGUUUUGAAUCAAAAUUUAUUAAACUGUCGUAUCAAAAAAUGAAAAAUACUUAACCUCAGAGUCAGAUAGAAUGUUAUAUCACUGUAAGUGAACUGUUAUUGAAAGAAAGGUGGACUGAUAAUAUUUUAUUUUCACUGAUGACAUUCAGUUACUCUGGUUAACUUGUUGUAUUGCCUUAAUUAUGAUGAAGUGCUAUCAAAACCGUACUUGUUUACAUGAAAUCAAGAAUACUAAAAGUUUGUGCCUAUUAUUUCAGACAUUAUCAGAGGCUUACACUAUUGGAACACUGGGUGAGUGUCUUUACACUGUUUGAUCCUGAGUGAGAGUGCUACCAAUAAAACCACAUGUCAGGAAAUUAUUUUCCCAGCUGUUACAAGUUUGAUCCAUAGUUACUUAGUUUAUAAGUAAACAAAACAGACAUCCGGGGUCAAUUUAAUAAACCUUUUACAAGACCUUGUAAUUUCCAAAUAAAGCUAUUAUUUAAGAGUCUGGAAACAAUAGCUACCCUAGGUGUAGUUUACAAGUCUUGUAAAUUACACGUGAAAAAGUUUUAUUAAACUGACCCUAGUUCGUUGAAUUUGAAUCCUUGUAGCCCUGCAGUGUACUGAAAAUUUGCUACGUGGUUCUGCCUAACUGUUGUCCUGACUGUUGUCAGUAAUUUUUUUUUGAUAUUUCUCUGUUACAGUGACCUUCUAUGAUCAAGUACUCGUGCUGGAAGCCUUUAUUCUGACCAUGGCAACCACCAUGGCUCUGACAGUAUACACUCUGCAAAGCAAGAGAGAUUACAGUUCCUGGGGGGCAGGGUAUGUAUUGGUCUUCGUCAUUUAAAGGAAUCAGUAAAUCAUUAAUAGGCCAUGACCGAGCUUGUGUCAGGGUUCGUACAGAGUCAUGAAUUCUUGAAAAAGUCUUGAAAUUUGCAGCAAUUUUCCAGGCCUGAAAAAGUCUGGAAAAUGAAGAUUAAGUCUUAAAAAAUGUUAAAAAGUCUUGAGUUUUUUUCAAAGCUACAACAAGUGCUUUAUAAGUGAAUUUUUUUCCGUUUUGGUCAAAUCUUAUUAAAUCUUGUCUGUAUAUUUCCUGCCUUCUUUAAGGUCUCUAUUGAUCACCUGUUAAUUUUCAUAACCUUGAGUCUGGAAAAAGUCUUGAAUUUUGGAUCCAAAAAACUAAACGAACCCUGUUGUGUUUAUUUUAUUGUCUUUGUUGUUUUUUUUUUGACAGGUUGUUCACUAUCUUAUGGAUCCUUAUUUUGGCUGGCUUUCUCCAGGUAUGUGCAAAGGCAGCCCAAACUCAUGUUAUGACAAGGAGUUUAGUUAUAAAUAGUGAUAACCAAAGGUUAGAGAGUACAGGUGAUCUAUGGAUUGAUGGUCAAAAUGCUGUUGCUCAAACAUUGUGCUUUGUGUAAGUUUCAUGUGAUUAAAGGUCGAAACGUGUUAUCGUUUGCUUGAUCAGAUUAUGAGUGAAAGAAGGUCCAAACGCGUGUGAUCAAAUUGCAUUCCAUUCAUAUCUUAGUCCAAUCUAAAGGAAUGCUGGCUAAAAACGUACCAUGCAUGUAUAAUAGUAACCUGGAGAUCAGGUUUGCGGACUUCUCUGGUCACCUGCAACAGGCGUUUUGUGAAGGGCAACGUAAAUUUUGGCAGUAUUACAUUAUUAACUUGUAACUGUUGUGGAUUUAAGACAGUGUUCCAGAUAAGAGAUGGGUCUUGGGUCAAUGACCCAUCAAAGAAGGCUUCCUAACCCAACAGAUGACGUAUAAGUGUUAAGUUAAAUAUAACGGAAAAAAUUAGCACAUGGUCUUGGUGACCCCUCAGAUGAUCUACAUGACCCCACGCUUGAAAGAAUUAACUGGAACAUUGUAAGAGCUUAAUAAAAUAAAUAGGGAGCUUAAGCAACUAUGAUGACGACCACAAUGACGACUUCAAAAAAACAAUAGGUGUAAUGAUCAAAACAAAAGCUCUGCACGCGCAUCACGCUUUUUAGUUCAUUUCUUUGACCUCCACUGCAUGACUACGAUGUGAAACAAUCCUAAUUUGCUGUUUUAUGGAGGACGUGAACAUACCACGAUGAAAUUUCCUUCUUCUUUUCGAACCUGAAUAAAAUCCUUAAGAAUUCAACUCCGGGAAAAGUUGCCUGCAUUUGACAUAUUGAGCGGGUCCAAAUAUACAUGAUUAAGUUUGAAAGAACGCAAAUUCAUUUUUUUAACGACGUUUUCACUGCUGUCGUCGUCAUCCUUGCUUAAAGUCCCUAUUAUAUUGAAUGGUGAAGACUAUUCUUAUUGUUGUCUCUUUUUUCAGUUUUUCUUUCACAGUGAGACAUUUGAGCUGGUGUAUGCCAUUGCGGGUGCCCUCCUGUUUUCUGCAUUCAUUGUGUUUGACACACACAUGCUGAUGAAUAAACUGUCACCUGAGGAGUACAUCUUGGCCUCUAUCAACCUUUACCUCGACAUAAUUAAUCUCUUCAUUGAGAUUCUGCGAAUCCUUGAAGCUAUGAAGAAACAGUAGAGAACUUGUAACAGUGACUGUGAAACUUUAACUCAUACAUACACCCCCAUGUAAGAAACAAUAGAUAAGUGGUGCUGCAUCAUUUAAAUGUUUCAACUUCUCAGCAUAGUCUUUAUCGUUAAUUUUGCUUCAAGUUGUGUUCAGCGUGCAAAGAAAGUAGUGUCUCAUACCCCACAGCUAGUGGAUUUUGCUGCUAGGCUUAGGCUAGUGAAUUUUGUUCCUAACUGAAGAUUUUUGAGGAAUUCAAAUUGCAGAAGAACUGUAGUCAAUCCUUCUCAUCUUUUUUAGGGGGGAGCUAGUUGAAAUGACUUUUGGCCUAGUUCUUACUAGCUACAGCUUGUCUGAAUGGCAAGCUGUAAAACUGACUUUCUUUGUGUCCUGGCUUUAGUGUCUGUAUUUAGCAGGUUACUCCAAGGAGAGUUUCCACGUUAUUAUGACCCAGUUUCUUGAGAAAUAGGUUUUAAAAUUAAAAUAAUGUAGUGUCAUGCUCUGUCAACCCAAGGUAAAGCAGAGGUUUAGCCCACAUUGUAGGUGUAUUUUUGGGGCAGGCAAAAGUUGCUUGUUUAUGUUCAUAUUGCCAUGGCUGCCAUCUUUGUCUCUAUGACAUACAUAUAGUCUGAAAGAUUUGGGAGAAAAGAAAAAGCAAACUUUCAUGCCGCAACCCCUCAAUGGUUUAGAAUUUAACAUGGCAGUUAGGCAAGCAGAAACAUUCGCACCCCCACAGAAGAUGUCUGCAAUGUGGGCUAGCAAAUUGUAGACAACAUUGUUUCAUCUUAGAACGUGUUUGGUAAUUGUAGAUACCCAAAUGAAGGUACAAAGGAAUCUUUAAAAAGAUUAACCCAGCAAUGGGUUCAGAUAAUAUUUAAAGCUUGGUCAGCACUAAUGGGCCUUAAAGAAACUGAGUCUUGGAGAAACUAUUACUCCACAGUUUUAGAAUAUUGUUUUCAGCUACCAUCUUCGCUGCAUGUAUCUUAAAUUUUUGAUGGUUUGAAUCUCAUUUCACCAUCAUAUACGUCCUAGUCACUGGAUUGGGUAAUUAUUCAUGUUACCUCCUACUCUUUUUAUGGGAGCAGGAGUUUAAUUUUUGUUUGGGAUAGAAGGUGGAGUAGGUCAAACAUUAGUGUCGCAAAAACAAUAAAAAAUAAUAAGCAAGUUUUUAAACUGUCACAAAAAGCAGUUGAUUCACUACUGACCAGGAAUAGUAGGAAUAGGAAUGUUAAAGAUUAAUC